AUGAGAACCAUCUACGAACGUCGGAUGGAGGGUACUUCCUUGUCUCGACCCAUCGUUCCUCUGGACGCGGCCCCCGUCAUUCAACUCUCAUCUCCUCAAAAGACCCAACCGAACCAGACGUGCCCUCCUACCGAAGAGCCCAUUCCCCAUGCCGUUUCUUUCAGAACGCUUAUGGAAAGGGCCAUAGAAGAAGCCAACGCCGGUGCACGCCCGUGCCAUGAUUCUACGAAGGGGCGCGCCGGUUCCAAGAACGGUUACCUGAAUGUCAAGGCACCCAAAUCGAAGGCGGGGCGCUCGUAUUCUUCUGGGUCUUCUUCCUCUUCGUCCACGCGGUGUUCUCGCCAAUCCAGUUCCGCCGGGGAGUCCCCAAUGGACUGGCCUGUCCAGAACACGUACGUCUUCGCGGACGACAUAGAUUAUUCCCCUCGACGGCGGACACGUAUUGCCUGCGAGACUUGCCGCACGCGCAAAGCAAAGUGCAGCGGUGACGAACCUACGUGUGAGCGAUGCACGCAAAGAGGUCUCACAUGCGUAUACGUACGAGAACGCAAACCGCGAGGGCCCGGAAGGCACAGUUCACGGGGGGCUCAGGAUCAUACGGUUGCUCCCUCAGAAGCCGACCCAGCAAGCGACAGCGCUGACACUGGCGUGAAGAAGAGGGUUCACGAAAAACCUUAUGAACCCCGACACCGUCCUGUGAAACUGCCUUCGCUCACCUUACCCACGCUCACUUGGUUGCCCCAACUGAACGAGCACGAGCCGCCGAACAGGAACCACCACGCGGACGCAUGCCAUCAAUUCCAAGCACCGGAUGCUGCUCAAACGCGGGACGCUCCCAUGGCGUAUCCUAUUGACCCGACGUUGCUACCUCACUGCGCGCUCCCUGGGCAGUUCGACGCGCGUCUUGCGGAUCCCGCGUAUUCUAUGCAGUGCGGCAAUUACAACUAUGCCGCGGUAGACAUGCCCCAUUUGCCAUUCAUGUACUUCGGCCAUUUCAACCAACAGCUGGGCGGGCAAUGGGCUGAAGCAGGGCCGUCGCUGCACUACGCCGGAGACCGUGGUGUUCAACUUCCGCCUCUGCGGCUGGACCUUCUGUCGCCCCCGGAACUAUCGCGGCACGGUUCAUCGUCGGAUUCGUCCGAUGAAACCCACUCGCCGAUGCAGCUGACCACCGAUCUCAUCACUGAGGCAAUGAUACGACAGCCCUGCAUCAUGGAAGCCCAUGCACCGGAGAGGACGACGAACAGCGAUUACUACAGGUACCUGCGGACCGCCGUUCAAGAAGCUUCCGUUAUGACGAACGACGACGGUCUUUAUCGCAUGGAUGCAACCAGCGACGAUAGCGCGAUUGACCAGAAGAUCCCCGAGCCUCAGGUGCAUUAUCGUACAGACGAUGAAUAUCACGUUCAUGAAGUAUAGCGCAUUCCAGCACAGAGAGCUGCAUCAUCACUGCUCAGGCUGUAAUCUGGACAGAUGUAUGACUAAUAUGAUAUAUAAUACGAGGAUUCUUUG